AUGACGGAAUGCCCUGGAAGGAAACACAGGAAUGGCAACAAGGUUCCAUUCACCGGCCGCAUACCGGCAGAUAAACUCCGAACUGGACAUUUCACAAACAUCGGACUCCAAGUCUGGGAUCAUCCGGUCGAAUAUUUCUCGCGGGCGAUGGAUGGUGAUGUAGUACAGAUCGCUCCCACCACAAAUGUCGGCGGUGUUCUAGCCGACAUUUGGACUCCAAAGUACCGUGCUCUCGCAGUAACAAUGUAUGCGCUCACCCUGGUGUCACCUGUGAUUUCCCCCUUCAUGGGCGGGGCAAUUGGAGUGACAAAUCUUGACUUGGAGUGGACUGAAUAUAUUACUGGAAUGAUUAUGGCACUCUCGUGCAUCCUCGGGAUUGUUUUCUUGGGCGGAAGCUUUCCACCGGCGUUGUUGGUCUACAAGAGCCGUCAAUUCCGCCUACGGUCAGGAGAUUGGGCACUUCAUGUCCAGCAUGAAGACUGGGAUGCCACAUUGACUAUUAUUGACACCGAUAUGUUUUGCUGUCGCUCCAUACGCGUCUUUUGUGUACGGCAUCCUCUGCCUCAGUUUAGCUUCAUUCCCGAUCGAGUUUCAAGAGCUCCGCAGUUGGAAUGCGCUAGUCGGAGCUUUGCCAUUUCUAGCCCUUCUCGUCGGCAUCUUACUUGGUACUGUGGUCAAUAUCGUCAAUCAGACAUUUUACAGUCAGCGAUUUCAGGCAAACAACAAUCGCCCCGUUCCCGAAGCCCGACUUGCACCCAUAAUGAUCGAUUCAAUAUUUUUUGCUGUGGGCUUGCCCCAUUUGACGUGCUGUAUCAACAGGACUUGGAUUUUUUUACCAUUUUCCAAGCCGCAUGGAAUUACCUGAUUGACACAUUCCAGAGAUACUCUGCCAGUGCUGUUGCAGUCAAUACGUUUCUUCCAAGUAUUCUUGCAGGAUGUUUUCCACUUAUUGCAUAUGCGAUGUCUCGUAAAUUAGGGACUCCUUGUGCAUUCAGUCUGUUGGGGUUUAUUGCGGUCGCUCUCAUUUUGAUUCCAUUUCUGUUGUAUGUAUACGGCCCGCGGAUCAGAGCCAAGGGUAAAUGGUCAAAAGCGUCCAUUUAG